CUAUGGUUUCAUGGCGUCACAGCAUCAGUUAGGAAACAGGUCAUUUCGGCAACUACAGUUGCAAUUUAUAUGAAUGUCAUUGUGUACACGUUUUAUAACUUAAAGCUAUGAUGAGUCUGGGCGUUAUACCAGUUACCAAUGAGAUCUUGCGCUGUAACUGAUAAGGUUGAAGUCCCCACUGUCGAUCAUUAUCCAGCCCACUAUGGUGCGCCACAGCAAGCUACAGAAACAGGUCUUAUCCCUGUAUCGGCAGUUUCUGCGCGCGGCACAGGACAAGCCGGGCUUCAUACCGAGAAUACGCGAUGAAUUCCGUGCCAACGCUGCGAUCAAGAAGACUGAGGUCAUGCACAUAGAAUAUCUUUAUCGGCGAGGCCAACGCCAACUUGAACUGCUUAAAGAUGUCAACACUAAACAACUUGGAUCAUUCAGCAAGUCUAAAGAUAACAGCUGACCACUCACAUACCAACCAAUACGUGUAUUCAAAUAUCAGUACUGAAAUCUUUGUUUUCUGGGAAAUUACCUCAUGCAGUACAUGUAUAACGCGCUGGCUCAGUUAUUUAAAUGGAAAGACCAAAUGAUUUUCACUUUUCUCAGGCUGGACAAGAUUAAACCAUAACGGUUUUUUUUUUUACAAUGUUAUUUAUGUAUCUAAUUUGCAGAUUAAACCCAUAUUGUUUGGUGCUA